CCACGCCUUUAUCCAGCCCUGCCCUCCACCGCUUCUACGUCCGCGGUAUGGGUCUGCGGCCGCGUGGAUCCGUUAGUGGGUCCUGCGAGUUCUCACUGGGGAGGAGGCCUAAUCUAAGGCCUCUUGGGGCCUGCAAUUUCUGUGCCUUCCCACACUACCUCACGUAUCCAAUGCUCAGUUAGGACACGGGUGCGAGGCCAGGAAGGACCUCCCAGUAUCCAUCCUUGCACAUUUGGGAUAUUGCAGAAAAAGAAGGAAGCCAUGUUAUGAGCUCACUUAUGGAGAGGCCCAUGUGAGAAAGAACUGAAGGAGGACCCUGACCAACAACCAGAAGUAAGUGAAUACUGCCAAAAACCACAUGCAUUGGUUUGGAAUUGGAAAUGGAUCCUUCUUCCAUUGAGCCUUCAGAUGAGACCAUAGCCUUGGCCAAUACUUUGAUUGCCAACUUUGUGAAAGGCCUGGAGGAAGAUGCACUCAGAUAAGCUGCACCCAGAUUCCUGACCCAAAGAAACUAUACGGUGUAAGAUAUUUUUUCAAGAUUGGACAGCUGAGACCUGUUACUUCUGAUUAGCCUUAAGAAGACUUAUAGCCAUAGAGAAACGUCACAGACUUCCUUUUUUUUUUUUUUUCCCCUCCCUUCUUACACCUUUCCUGGCACCUAAGUUCACCUUGCAACCAUGUAUGGAAGUGCUCGCUCGGUUGGGAAAGUGGAACCAAGCAACCAGAGCCAAAGCCCUGGGCGUUCACCUAGGCUGCCACGUUCUCCUCGCUUGGGUCAUCGUCGAACCAAUAGUACAGGAGGGAGUUCUGGCAGCAGUGUUGGAGGUGGAAGUGGGAAAACCCUUUCAAUGGAGAAUAUCCAAUCCUUAAAUGCUGCCUAUGCCACAUCUGGCCCUAUGUAUCUCAGUGACCAUGAAAAUGUGGGUUCAGAAACACCUAAAAGCACUAUGACGCUUGGUCGUUCUGGGGGACGUCUGCCUUACGGAGUUAGAAUGACUGCUAUGGGCAGUAGCCCUAAUAUAGCCAGCAGUGGGGUUGCUAGUGACACCAUAGCAUUUGGAGAGCAUCACCUCCCUCCUGUGAGUAUGGCAUCAACUGUACCUCACUCUCUUCGUCAGGCAAGAGAUAACACAAUCAUGGAUCUUCAGACACAGCUGAAGGAAGUAUUAAGGGAAAAUGAUCUCUUGAGAAAGGAUGUGGAAGUAAAGGAGAGCAAAUUGAGCUCUUCAAUGAAUAGCAUCAAGACCUUCUGGAGUCCAGAGCUGAAGAAAGAGCGAGCUUUGAGAAAAGAUGAAGCUUCGAAAAUCACCAUUUGGAAGGAACAGUAUAGAGUUGUGCAAGAGGAAAACCAGCACAUGCAGAUGACAAUCCAGGCUCUCCAGGAUGAGUUGCGGAUCCAGAGAGACCUGAAUCAGCUAUUUCAGCAAGAUAGCAGCAGUAGGACUGGUGAACCUUGUGUGGCAGAGCUGACGGAGGAGAACUUUCAGAGGUUGCAUGCUGAGCAUGAGCGGCAGGCCAAGGAGCUGUUUCUUCUUCGAAAGACACUGGAGGAAAUGGAGCUGCGUAUUGAAACUCAGAAGCAAACCCUGAAUGCUCGGGAUGAAUCCAUUAAGAAGCUUCUGGAGAUGUUGCAGAGCAAAGGACUUUCUGCCAAGGCUACUGAGGAAGACCAUGAGAGAACAAGACGACUAGCAGAGGCAGAGAUGCAUGUACACCACCUGGAGAGCCUUUUGGAGCAGAAGGAAAAAGAGAAUAAUAUGUUGAGAGAGGAGAUGCACAGGAGAUUUGAGAAUGCUCCUGAUUCUGCCAAAACAAAAGCUCUGCAAACUGUUAUUGAAAUGAAGGAUUCAAAAAUUUCCUCUAUGGAACGUGGGCUCCGAGACUUGGAAGAGGAAAUUCAGAUGCUGAAAUCAAAUGGAGCUUUGAGUACUGAAGAACGGGAGGAGGAAAUGAAGCAAAUGGAGGUGUAUCGGAGCCAUUCUAAAUUUAUGAAAAAUAAGGUAGAGCAACUGAAGGAGGAACUAAGUUCGAAGGAGGCUCAAGGGGAGGAGCUGAAAAAGAGAGCGGCUGGUCUUCAGGCUGAGGUCUUUGCCAUUGGUCAGGUGAAGCAGGAACUGUCCAGAAAGGACACAGAACUGCUAGCCCUACAGACAAAGCUAGAAACACUCACGAACCAGUUCUCAGACAGUAAGCAACACAUUGAAGUGCUGAAGGAGUCCUUGACUGCGAAGGAACAAAGGGCUGCCAUCCUACAGACUGAGGUGGAUGCUCUCCGACUACGUUUGGAAGAGAAGGAAACCAUGCUGAAUAAAAAGACGAAACAAAUUCAGGAAAUGGCUGAGGAAAAGGGCACACAAGCAGGAGAGAUUCAUGACCUCAAGGACAUGCUGGAUGUGAAGGAGCGUAAAGUUAAUGUUCUUCAGAAGAAGAUUGAAAAUCUUCAAGAACAGCUUAGAGAUAAGGAAAAGCAGAUGAGCAGCUUGAAAGAGCGAGUCAAAUCCUUGCAGGCUGAUACUACAAACACCGACACUGCCUUGACAACUUUGGAGGAAGCCCUUGCAGAUAAAGAGCGAACAAUUGAACGCUUAAAGGAGCAGCGGGACAGAGAUGAGCGUGAGAAGCAGGAGGAAACUGAUAACUACAAAAAAGAUCUUAAAGAUUUGAAAGAAAAAGUCAGCCUAUUGCAAGGCGAUCUCUCGGAGAAAGAGGCUUCACUCUUGGAUCUAAAGGAGCAUGCUUCUUCUCUGGCUUCCUCAGGACUGAAAAAGGACUCACGCCUUAAGACCCUAGAGAUUGCUUUGGAGCAGAAGAAGGAGGAGUGUCUGAAAAUGGAAUCACAGCUGAAAAAGGCACAUGAGGCAACAUUGGAAGCCAGAGCCAGUCCUGAGAUGAGUGACCGAAUACAGCAAUUGGAGAGAGAGAUUAGUAGGUACAAAGAUGAAUCCAACAAGGCCCAGGCAGAAGUUGAUCGCCUCUUAGAAAUCUUGAAGGAGGUGGAAAAUGAGAAGAAUGAUAAAGAUAAGAAGAUAGCUGAGCUGGAAAGUCUCACCUCAAGGCAAGUGAAAGACCAGAAUAAGAAGUUAGCAAAUCUGAAGCACAAGGAACAGGUGGAAAAAAAGAAGAGUGCACAGAUGCUAGAGGAGGCUCGGCGGAGGGAGGACAAUCUCAAUGACAGCUCUCAACAACUACAGGACAAUCUCCGUAAGAAGGAUGACAGGAUUGAAGAGCUGGAAGAAGCACUAAGAGAAAGUGUACAAAUAACUGCAGAGCGCGAAAUGGUGCUAGCACAAGAGGAAUCAGCCAGGACCAAUGCUGAAAAACAGGUGGAGGAGUUACUGAUGGCCAUGGAGAAGGUAAAGCAGGAACUUGAGUCCAUGAAAGCAAAGCUGUCCUCCACCCAACAAUCACUGGCAGAAAAGGAAACUCAUUUGACCAAUCUACGAGCAGAGAGGAGGAAACAUUUAGAGGAAGUUCUGGAGAUGAAGCAAGAAGCUCUUCUAGCUGCCAUUAGUGAAAAAGAUGCCAAUAUAGCUCUUUUAGAGCUUUCGUCCUCUAAGAAAAAGACUCAAGAGGAAGUGGCUGCACUAAAACGGGAGAAGGAUCGCCUGGUGCAACAGCUCAAACAACAGACACAAAAUCGAAUGAAGCUAAUGGCCGACAAUUACGAGGAUGACCACUUCAAAUCCUCCCAUUCCAAUCAAACCAACCAUAAACCCUCCCCAGACCAGAUCAUCCAACCCCUCUUAGAACUUGACCAAAAUAGAAGCAAAUUAAAGUUGUAUAUUGGACACCUGACAGCCCUCUGCCAUGAUCGAGACCCCCUGAUCCUUCGUGGUCUCACCCCACCAGCUUCCUAUAACUUGGACGAUGACCAGGCAGCUUGGGAGAAUGAGCUGCAGAAGAUGACCCAUGAUCAGCUUCGGAAUGAGUUAGAAAAAGGUGAGCGGGACAAUGCAGAGCUGCAGGAGUUUGCCAAUGCCAUCCUCCAGCAGAUAGCAGAUCAUUGCCCGGACAUCCUGGAGCAGGUUGUCAACGCAUUAGAAGAGUCAUCCUGACCCUGUGUUACGGGGAGCAGCGAACCCAGCAGCCUGAUAUGGCCGAUUCAGGAGCCAAGAAAGGAGCAGUACAAGGAAACUUCUUGGCAACAAACCAACACUACAAACUCCAUCCUACCUUGCUCAGCUCUUCAAGUGUGAUUCCAGCACCAUUUCUACUAAUUUAAUGCUGUCUGUCAUCUUACUCUGCCUGUCUGCUUUGGAUGUCAUAUGUCUACACUAAUUUUCUUGAUGUCCAGGGUGGGAAAGCUGCUGAGUCUCUGUGAAGGACUGCCAUCCCGUCAUCAGCAGUAGAGAACUGUGGAAGCUGGUGACUCUGUCCUUACAGAGGGACAUGGAGCAGAGCAUCCUCUUACCUUUGUCCUGUGACAUGAGAACCAAAUCUGGACUCCAAGUUCACCAUAUUGAGAGAAUGUCUCACAGUGGACCAAAGAGUUUAGUGUUCUAACAUCACAACAGGUGCUUCUUCCUAAAAGGGUAAAAAAAAAUCUCAAAAAGAGAGAGUAUUAGAAAAAGAUGGGGAAAAAGAGAGAACAGAAACAAAGAGAAAACCAAUUCUUUUUACUGUCCCAUUUGCUUCCUUUUCAUGUGUAAUGUUUUAUUCAGGGGAGUACAGGCAAGCCUCAUGAUGUCUUAGCAAAUACUAAUAUCCCAAGUUUUGAGUCUUCACCCCAGCCCUGACUUUCCAUAUCAUGAGCCCAACCUUCCUGGCUCAUGAUAUGGAAAGAUGUCUCCCUAGUCUCUCUUGUUUAGGACCUUUGACCUUAUUGUACUUAAGUUUGUCAGAUAAAAUCUCUAAUUGAAAAAAGAGAAGAGGGAUUGACACACGAGGCACUGUAGCAUCUCCUGCAUCCUAUGGAAGACAAGAAGGCUGCCUCCCCUCCCACCACCCAAGCUCCCAGCUCAUGCUGCCCAGUGGUUGCCACAAUUUUUACUCCACCUCCCACCCCAUGAGCUUCAUUCUUCACUUGCACUCCUAGACACACAGCCUUGUGCAUUGCCUGGAACCUUCUGGCUCAGUGAGUGUUCCUUAUCCCAUACACAUUCCUUCCCCCUUUCAAAGAAUACUUAUGAACUGCCUGCUCUGUGCAAGUCAUGUGCUACCACCAUCCUAGAAAAAGUCUCCUUGCAGUGAGGAACAGGUGUGGUGGAUUUUAUGAGACCUACCAGGUGGUUAAGACAAAGCUGUAAAAAGCAUACCCCUCCCCUCCCCUGCCUAAUAGCAGUUCUCUUUUUAAGAAAAGCCUUUCACCAAUUAACAUUUCUUAUUAUAGUGGAAUUAAUGGGUUUGAGAAGGCUGAGUCACCUAUUGCCUGCAGGAUCCCGUUUAGUAAUUCAGGAUUUUGGUUGUUGUUGUUGUUGUUGUUACCCUGAAAGAGUUUACUCAUUACGGGGCUAUGAUUACCCACUUGCAGAUAGUAUUUUCUCACCACAUCUGCAUGUACCUUGUAGAACUUGGCAAGCUCCAUGUUGCAACUCAGAAAGUUGACCCAAGAGUUGCAAAUCCAGUUAAAAGUAUUGGCAUUGUGAAGGGUGUUUUUCCUAAGCAUAGACAAUUACAGUGGCAAAUAAUAAGGCACCAAAAAAUAGGCCACUUAACCCAAAUCCAGCCCUCUGGCCAUCUCUACCACCAGCCUCCCAACAGACACUUAACAUCUUCUGAUAAGAGUUGCUGGGCUAAAUGUUUUUAUCUUGCAUUUUCUCCUCUCCCCUUCCCCCAGUUACUCACCCAAAGAAUUUAAUGCUGCCUAUAAACUCAUCACAGCCAUCAACCCAGUAUCUUCCCCCCACAGCCCUUGACUAUCCCAUUAACUUAUAUGGUCAAGUCUCCAGCUGCCCUAUUCCCAGCUGUAAAACAAUCCCUUUCCCUGUGGGAAGCUGUGGAGUGUUCCUUACGGAAGGUUUAAAUGGACUCUGCUCAUAAACCUCUUACUGAGAUGCUUCCUGAUAGGGAGGCCAGCCAGGGGUGGGUACAGGGGUUAGGAAGUAAGUGGUGGUUGUUUGUGGUCAAUUACCUCAAUUCCAUUUAUUUAUUGCACGCACCAUAAAUCAUGUAGAAAGCCUCUCCAGUAUUUCAGGGCUGGGUAUUAGAAUCUCAUACCACCCACCAUAAUGCAGAGGACUGAGGUAUGCGAACACCCUUCUCAGGACCACAGCAGAACAACAAAGUGGCCAGACCUGGCCUGCUCUUCUCUGACUGGCCUGGAUAGGGAAGGCAUCAGGCAGGUUUCCCUGGACUCCCCCCACUUGGCCACUAUCCUCAAAUACAAUCCCUGCCACUCUUGUCCCCUUGGCAUGUGACUCCAACUGCACCUCCUUUCCUCUCCUCAUUUCAGCCCUACCCAUGGCUUUCUCUCCCCCCCAAAAAUUAUGGAAGCCCUCUCUGAGAGGUGUUUCUGAGAAGAAAAAUUUCUGGGACAGACAUCUGUCUGGUCUCCAUGAACCUAGCGAGGAUUCUCCUUGAUCCUUCUUAGGUGGUGAUCCUGGUAUUCUCAAAUGAUUCUAGAUGAAAGCAGGCUCUGGAUAAAGUGUAAUAGUGAAUGUGACCUGCCCUUAUAUUGUAGGGGCAAAGUUAAUACACUUCCUAGCAUUUUGAGAAUCUUAGUGACCUUAGCUCAUUGAUUGAGGCAACAUUUACUAAAUACAAAACUUCCAUCACACUAGGACUUGUCAUUCCAUGACUGUUUUCUGGUAUUCACAAGGUCACUCAACUGCUACUGAAGUGAAGAUCUGUGACUUUGAAAACUCACUGCAGAUUGCCUGUAAUGUUCUCCAAACUCAUCUGUUCCGUUGGCACCUAAGAUCGGUGCCCCAAAUCACAAAGGGGACAAUAAGAAGAGGAGUGGGUGGAAUCCCACCUGGGGCUCAUAACUAAAGAAAUGCAGUGUGAGUUUCUCAUCUUUUCAUGUACUGCUAUCCCAGGUUCUCUUUGAGUUAUUGAUGAAGUAUCUGAAUUGAGAUUUGCAAGACUUGGAUACUAUUUGCAAUGGAAAUGUUUUUAAAUGGGCUUUAACAUAUUAAAAAAUGUGAAUGGGAAUCCCUAAAUCCAUCUCAGCUCUAACAUUUGACCUUACACCUAAAGAAGAUCUAAGAGCUUCUCUUUCUUAUUUUUGGCUUUAGAAAUCUUAGUAAAGCAGAGUGGACCCCAGGCCAUCUUCAGUGUUAAUGGUGGUGAUGUGACUCGCCAUUUUUUGUCAGUAUAUAGUUUUCCAUGAAGGGCCCUUUGGCUUACCCACUCCCCAGAGAGAAGACGAAGGAGAAGUCAAUAUAGACAAAGUCUGAAGCGGCUGCUGAACUAAUCGCUCCCCUGUUGAUGGUCAGGAUUGGCAUUUGGAUUUGCUGCUAGAGCAUCCUGCCAAUUCCAAAAUCAUCAUGCCCUCCUGUGCAGCCGUUACUUAAGCACUGGGUCUCAUGGCUCCCUUUGAGGAAAAAGCCAAGUGAGGACUAUGUCCCCACUAGAAUGUGAUGUGCACAUAGCAUCUCCCAAGUCCCAGCGGGACCUAGUGUCAGCAAUAUCAGUAACAUGCAUGUCUGCCUCUGCAGCUUCGUCUCCCACCUGCAGGAGUCAGAACGUUGGCAAGGGCAUGAGGACAGAGCAGACCACAGUGCAGCAGGCUUCCCUCACAAUGCCUGCGAGGCCAGCCCACCGUCACUGCCAGGUCCUGGGCGUCUCAGGACAGGGACUUGAAUCAUUCAAAGAAAUGUUUUAAAAAGAAUCGGGUGUCCCCCCCCCCAUGUGAACUAAGGGAUUCUUUAGGCAAGAAAAUACAUAAAUUACAGGGAAAUCCUUCUGAACAAAAUGGCUGUCUUUACCUACUCUUUUUAAGCAAAUACUGUUUCCAAACUUUUUAGUGUCAAAACUGUAACCAAGUGUCUCCUGAUUUUUUCCAAUGUAUUUGGCGAGUGCUGUGACCCUGUUGUAGGUAUGCAUUUCUCCCUCUGACUCUUCUAGGGGAGAGGUGGUUUUAGGGAUUGAUUUGGAGGAAGUGGAUUUUUGUCCCAUCCCACCUCCUCUUUUGUUUCUCUGCUUGUCGAUAUUGUCUGUGUGAUUCACAGAAUUGGGGCAGUUACAUUGUGUCCAUUGUUGAGAUUACAAAAUUUUAAAAAGUAGUUGUAGAACUGAAAAAAGGAGCUGUGUUUUAAAAAAUGCAAAUCAAUGUCAUGUUAAAAAAGGAAUUCAAGCUAUGGGGCAGCCAAACUCCUCUCCCUCCUCCCAAGUUGGCUUAGGUGGAAGCUCGGCUAGCCUCUUGGGAAACACAACGACCACACUCCAGGCGAGUGACUGCCUGGGUGAAAGAGACAGCUGGUGAAUAAAAGGAAUGAGAAUAUGGGGGCUCAGAGAGUCCCGGUUGCACCGGGGUUUUCCUAUACAUCCUCAGGACCUCUAGGUAGAGGCCUCAAGUUUUGUGACCCCAGAACUACCCUUACCCCCACAUUGGUCCCAGUCCAGUGUGCCUAAUACCAUGUGGUAACCUGGGCUUGACUUGGAGGCCCCACACCUGGCAGCAGCCUGCCCAGACCACAGAACCUCUCUCCUGCCCACUUGGUGCUAUAUCACCCAGUGACCCAUCCAGUAUGGGCCAGGCACUGGCCAGCCUAGAGCCUGCAAUCCGGGUGGAAUGAAUUGUACUCAGUUCUCAGUUCCUAUGGGCUUCAGUCCCUAGAUUCUUUCCUUUUCUUAGACCCCAAAUCUCCCAGGCCCGAAAUCUCUCCCAUGGCCCCAGAGAUGCCAUGCCCAAGAAAGGAAGGGACCAUGAGGAAGCCACAGAAUCCAGCCCUGGGCCUGAGCAUGCACUCUGGGCCCAGCCCUGCUCUCCCCACCACACCAGUAUUGCAUUCAUCCUCUAAUGCCGCUAGACCUACCUGAAGGCAACACACCACCCCUUCUGGCUAGCUGGCCCCACUGCAGGCCCAGCCCAGGAACCUGCCGAGCACCUCGGGAAGUCCAGGAUGGGGCCUUGGGGGUCACCCUGGGAUUCAUUCCCCCCUGCUUCAGAAGAGAAGGGUUGCACUUUAGCGGAGUUGCUGAGGAGCACUGGGCACUGCCUCCUUGUAGCUUGAGUUCCUUCUGGUAGCAGUAGCAGCCCACGUGGUGGUACCCGUGAGGCACAUGCACCGCUGCCUUCAACUGUGUGUGUGUGUCCUUGCUGGAGUCAUGUUACUGACAGGAUAAUGACAUUACAAAGAAAUGUGUUAUAUUCAACUUUGCCUUGAUAAUUAUUGUAAACACUUCGUUCAUUUUUUCUUUUUUAUUCACAAACUAAAUCCAUCAGGAAAUUAUAA